CCAGUCGUCGUCGCGCGCUCGUUUCGUCCGUGUCGGAUUUGUGUUGGCCCGGUACUUUCGGCAUUGUGCAAACUGCGAAUCGGUCGAAAUUCACUUCCGUAGCAACACCGCAAUACAGAGUACAUCGUCGUCGUUGUGAGCGCUUUCGUAAAUCGGAGAAGAAAUAUGUGCAAGGAAUUUAGAUUAUUUCUUUUAAGUGGCAUCCUGCUGAUGUUCCUCAGUAGAAAUCUCGUCACUGCGACUACUUCCGAGGAAAGUUUCGAGACGGUUCAUACGAGCAACGCGGCCGUUCUAAAUCGACUCGGGUUGACACCUCUUCAAAUACCCGACGGGCAUCACAAGAAGCGAUUAGCCGGACCUGAACCUCCGGGGCUUAGCUCGCAGACGCGCAUACAUCAGCCUUACAGUCGCCGUCAUGGACACCGCGACAGCCACGUUUACAUCGUGAAGCUUCCGGCUAGUCCUCCUUACUACACUGUCACGAAGCCUCACAAAUCCGUCAGCGAUGAUAAAGCAACGAAGACUGGACCAAGUUUUCCGGUUGGAUUCCAAGGAAAUGGUAAACCCGCCAAGAUUUAUCAUUGGAAUUUACCGGUCGUGAAGAAAAUGACGGAGAAGAAGCGUCUCCAACUGAGUCAACUGAGGGUUGACCAGACUAAAAAAAAGCUCGAUGAUAUGAAGAAGCAAACGUCUUCUACAAAAACUAUGCUGAAUAAGCUUUAUCCACUCGAUACAUCCAGCAAGAGUUACGAGUAUCGUGCCGCUGAUAAUAAACUUCAUCAAACGCACCAAAAGUCGCCGGUGACGAAACACAUCAGAAAUAACGACAAGAGGCUGAACUAUCCGAGUCUGAACGGCAAUGACAAUAUCAAAUUCAAGUCGACGAAGAAGAACGACGUUGGCAACAAGGCGUACAGACUAGACGACCUGAGUGUUCAUAGGAUCCACCUGACCAAUGAACUUCACGGCUCGAGGAACACCGUGCCGAAGAUGAAGAAGCACAGGAAAAAAGCUGCCAUGUCGUAUUACGCGCCAAUCGCCACCAAGACGGGUUCCACCAGCAUUCACAAGAAUUUCCCCGGAAAUGGCAAGCCUAAGGCUUUCUACAUUAUGGAGAAGAGUCGCAAGCCAGUAUACUAUCAUCCCCUUCUACCUUAAUCUCCGAUUGUUCGUGUAACUGUGCAUAAUUAUGUGUAAUAUCUUAAGUGACUCGCGAGCCUGUUAGCUUAAGUAGACACGUACACUACUCUGUUUGUACAGGAUCAGGGAUCACUGUUCAUUGACAACGACGAGAUGCGAAAAGAAAAAAGAAAGAAGGAGGGAGAAAGAAACAGACUUUUAUGCCUAUAUUGCAUAUAGUCAUUCUUAUUCGAGAUCACGUGCGUUCCGCAAAUUUUCUACUUCUGUUAAAUAUACAUCGUUAUUAUUAUCUUUCCUUAUAAAAGAAUGUAUCAAGAUAAGUAAUCCAAGAUAAAAAUUCAAAUUAGAAAUCCAAGUAUAAGUUCUAUCAUCGCAGCUUUUUGAUAAUCUCUACUUUUGCACAGUUUUGUGUAUUUUACAACGAUGAUGUCAUAUUCGAAUAAUCUAUUUUAUCGAAAUGCAUUGCUGCAAUAAUUAAACUUGUACUUUGUUACAGUGAACGAGGAAUGCGAACAUAUCAUAUUUUCACAAAAUACGUUAUUAUUAAUAUAUAGUAAUAACGUACAAUAAUCAGUAUCUGCGAAGGGCAGUAUCAGAUAUUUCCGCAAAAUUAGGCAUCUACUGCAUCUACUUCUCCUUACAAGAAUGUGUCACUUUAAGAGUCAGAUUUUUACUAGAACAAAAAAUUUUUUCUGAUUUUUAUCAAUUGUCACUGAAACAGUACGUUAAAACAUUCAUAAGACUGAAGCACCACCAGAAAAGACUUUUUACGACGAUUGACUUAAUCGUAGGAACAAGUAUAUAAAACUUACGAGUAAAUACGUAAAAAAAGCCGAAAAUAGAAACAAUGUUGUUUUAUUUGUAUGUUUGCAGGUAUUGCUGACUUAAAGCACGUUAGUAUUAUUGAAAUUACGACUGAAUGUUCCAUAUCCGUCCUGCAUUGGAUGGCUAUUAUUCACACUAUUUACAUAUGAUAUAAAUAUCAAUUAAAACUACUUCUAUGUGACAUUCAAAUUACGUAAUAUAUAUGUAAUGUAGCUUUUUUUUAUUUCUUCACCUGCAUUUUUAUUUGUAUAAGAUUUAAAGACAAGCAGAAAACGCAGAAAAUUAAUAUUUUUAUCUAGAUUAACAUAAGGAUUUUAUGUGACGUUAAUUUAAUGUGAAAAAUUCAUCCUUUCCAUAGAGUUUGAUCUUAUAAAUUGAGUUUCUGUUUUCUUUUAACAAAUUUGAAAAAAUAUAAGUUUUAUAUAAUAUUUUUUUGCGAUAUAUAAUCGCCGAAUUGCUUUUUCCCGCUGAAGGAUUGUCUAUGAUUCUAUAAUUAAAUUCUUUUUAUUAUUAAAAAAAUUGUAUAAUAUAUUUUUAUAAAUAUAACAAACACGUAGGAUUUCUGCAUGUGCGUCCGCGCAUAAUUAUGAUUGAUCCACGAUUAUCGAAUGCUUAAUCGACGUAAGACGUUUCCAUAUGAUUAUAGGUAGAUCUUUUAUUAAGACUGGACAAUACGCAUGUUUUUAUACAACAUGUAAAUUUUCUUCCUACGCGCAUCGAGAUGCGGGAAUCUUUUACGUUAAAUAUAUUUUUUUUUAUAUUCUAGAUACUUAGUAAAUAAGCGCGCACGAUUAUAAUGAGGCAUUCAAUAUAACGAAUAAAGAUAUUUAUAGCUCUUUGUA